UCGUCACGGCCCUGUACGACGCGGGCCCCACCCUGUCCCAAAGGCCCUCUCGACCUUUUUGUUCACCCCUUUGUGUCUUCCCAAUUUCCAGCAUGCACUGCCCAAUUCCCCAGUUGCUACAUCGAAAGAAAGAUCGAGCUAGAUGAAAUCGACAAUGGCGAACACGGAAGAAGGAGAAGGGUAAAGAGUGAGGGAGGGAGGAAGCGUGUUGCUUUUGCUUUUCUCUUUUGGAAUCCGAUUGUUGAUGCCCCUUUUUUUUUCGUCCUCCUUUUACUGCCAUUUCACUCGCUCCUCAUCGAACGCGCCACAAUCGCCUUCCUCGUCUGCGAUUUCCUUCUGCUCCCCUGCUUCCGCUAAUGCUGCGCCACCCGUCGUCGCGACGAUGGCAACAAGGCUACUGGCACUGCGGCAACAGUGAUAACAAUUAUUAGCAAGUGGCACCUCAAGCGAGCAGCGGAUGAGCUUUAAGGAGGGGGGAUCAGAUCAUUGAUUGCAGGAGCGGGACACGGGACUCCGAUGACGGCGGAGAUUGAGAGGCGAGCGCUCUACCACCAUCACCAGCUGCAACCGCCGCGCCGCCUGCCUACCUCCACGUGCGACCUCCACCCGGGCGAGACCGUCACUGGCUUCUGCGCCUCCUGCCUCCGCGAACGCCUCGCGGGCCUUGAGGCCCCCGCUGGCUCCGCCGGCCGUAGGUCCACCUCCUCCCUCCGGUCUGUCUUCCGAAAGGUCGCCACCGGUGCCGGCCCGGCCGCCGGGUCUUCUUUUCUGCGCCGCUCCAAGUCCUCUUCCUUCGUCCGAGGCGAUGGUGCGGAUGGGUUCUCAGCCCAGCGGCCCCCUGCCGCUGCAUUUGAGCCGCAGCGGAGGUCCUGCGACGUCCGCGGCCGUAGCACGCUGUGGUCGCUGUUUAACCAGAGCGACAGCCACUGCCGGGUGGCCGAGAACCCCUGCGCUGCACUCUCUGCUUCGAUCCUCACCAUUGCCACAGCUAAUGGUGCGUUAAAAAGCGAGGAGGAGAGCCGAAACAUAGGGAUUCCCUUUCCCGACGCUAUCCCCCCCUCCUCCGAAACACGCGAAGCGAAAGGGGAGAGCAAUGACGAGAUAAGACCCGCUGAUCCCGUUGUCGUGGUGGUCGGAAGCUCCAGGGAGAUGAAUGAGGAAAGGAAAGUGGCGAGGGUUGAGGAUAUAACGCUGGAACUGAAGCCAAUGAAGGACCACAUAGAUCUAGACUCCCAGCCACUAAGGAAGCAGGCGAAGAAGCCUCCGCCCAAGGACCUCAAGGAGAUUGCCAACAGCUUCUGGCUCGCCGCUUCCGUUUUCAGCAAAAAGCUCCAGAAAUGGCGGCGAAAGCAGAAGCUCAAGAAGCAAAACGGCGAAGCUACAGUCCGGACGGAAAAGCCGGCCAAGUUAUCCCGGAUGUUCCGCGACACGCAGUCGGAGGUCGCGGUGAAUGCCUCCGGCCGUAGAUCCUGCGACACGGACCCACGCUUCUCUCUAGACGCCGGCCGGAUGUCUUUCGACGACACCAGGUUAUCGUGGGACGAGCCUAGGGCUUCCUGGGACGGCUAUCUCAUCGGAGGCAGAUCAGUAUUCCCUCGGCUGCCUCCAAUGCUCGCAGUCGUUGAGGACGCUCCUUCGCAAACCGUGCAGCGUUCUGACUACCUAAUCCCCGUCGAGGAGGAUGCCACCACCGUCCCCGGUGGCUCGUCACAGACCCGGGACUACUAUUUGGAUUCGUCCAGCCGGCGAAGGCGAAGCCUGGACCGAUCAGCAUCCAUCCGCGAGCAGCCUCUGGAGGCCUGUGAGCUCAAACCGGUCCCAAACGGCAAGGUAUCCCUUGCUGGCGACAUGGAAUUUUACCAAUUUAAUCCCACAACAUUGCUUGACCGGGAUGUGAAAGACUGGAAUUCCAACUCUUUGAGGGACGACUACUUAGGAAGCUUCGAAUCAGGCUUAGGGGACCAAAGAGGAGCUGCUGCCAAGAAGUCCCGGAGGUGGAGCAAAGCGUGGAACAUUUGGGGACUCAUUCAACGAAGAAAUAGUAGCAGAGGAGAUGCCAAUAUAGCUGAGAGGGCAUUGUCGGAGUCCUGGCCGGAGUUGAGCUCCAGGGGCUUAAAUAACAAGAUGCUCAGGAGCAACAGCAGUGUAAGCUCUAGGAAUUCCUUCAGUGGCAACGCUGAGUGUAAGGGCAUCAAGAAGCACAACACCAAGUCCAGCAACCAUUAUUGUAAGAAUAGCAGAGAUGAGUUUGUUCUGGAGAGGAACAAAAGUGCUAGGUACUCCCCGAACCAUCUCGACAACAACGGUAUGCUAAGGUUUUACUUGACACCAAUGCGAAAUAGCCGAAGGAACGGAGUUGCUUCUGGCAGGGGGAGGCAGAUAUCUUCACGUUACUUAACAAGGAGCAUGCUAGGACUGUAUUGAGCAAUCUGUCUGUUGCCCAAUUUUGAUAUGGAUACUAAUGGAUGGAGUAGCUAAUUUGCAAUUCAUUUGUGUUUUACUUCCUUGGCGGUGCAAGUGAGUAUCAUCGGAUCACAUCACACUACUUUUGGUAGAGCCCUUUAGUUCCUUGAAUGGUAAUGACAAUCCUUUCGGAUCUUCAUGUGUUCUUUUGUGCAUUGUUUAUCUUCUCAACUGGUUAAGCUCUCUAAUGUUGAAUGUUUUAUUAGCUUUAGUAAAGCUAUUUGUCGGCUAAUCCUAUCACCAGUUUUUUAAUUCAGCAAAGCUUUCUGCGAGUGCUUAUUGAGUGGCAUGAUUGUUUUACUUGUGGACGCAUGAGUUCACUGCUUUAUGCCUCGAAAGAAUAAGAAUAUGUUGCAAUUCAUUGGAUCAAAUCUCCUUAGACUUUUUUUUACUUUUACCAAUUCCUUUUGUCUUCAUGUUCUCCUUCCUAUUACUUCAAUUCAACUUAAUGUAACUAGCCAUCCCUAUCAAGGAUGUAGCUGGUGCAUUGCCCUUUCCAUCAAUGCACCACUCACUAUGCUAGAGACAACUGAUCAAACUGUUUAUCUUUUCCUUUGUUAAUUCUAGGCUACAUUAUGACUUUGCAUUGACUUUGCAGUUCAUGCUGACUUUACUCACGAUUCUGUAUCUUGAGAAACCUAAAUAUUGUAUUGAUAUAUAGUCUCAAAAUAUUCAUUUUACAGGCUUAAUAUUAGCUAGCUGUUCUUGAAUAGUUAGUGUACUAUCGUUUAUGUGAUAUAUAGUUUUUUCUCUCGUGGUUCAUUCACCAUCAUCAUUGCAGUAGUAUGAUAACAUUUUGCUUUCGGAUAAAUCAAAGUCAGCUUGUGGCCGAAUUCCUGCAACGCAUGUGGGGGAAGAGGGUCUGGAACAGACAAAAGCACACGUAAAUGUGCUCUCUGGCAGAUGUUAAUGAUUGCACCUUAAAUCCAGCUCAGAAUUUGCUAUUCUGCUGGAGCAAAGACGGUCUCAUACUCUGGUACAUUUGUCUUAGCACAGCUAUCUCAUUUUACAUUUAAAAUCUAUUGGAGCAAUUUGCAUUUUACAUUUAAAAUCUAUUGGAGCAAUUUCCAUACAAAUAGAAACUGUGCCCAUAUGUGGGGGCAGGAUUUGCUAUUCUAGGACGUAGUUCAUCUGCUUAUCAAUCCAGAUUGAAAUCUUAUUUUUGAAGAAGCAAAUCCAAUGAACUGCUACUCUACAA